AUGCCCCUCAAACGCAAGCGCUCUGGUGACAAUGGAAAUGUCGAAGAUGAAUCCAACAAGCGCUAUGCUUACUUGAAACCGAGCAUCCGUCGAGUCCCCGAGAAGACCAUCAAAGCGAAAUGGUCCACUCUGCCAGAGCCCGUCCAAGACAAAGUCCGCGAUUUGUUCCAUUCAAUCGAGCGUCCGGUUAUCGUGCGACAACAGAAUGAGAAGAAGCGCAUUGAGGCACAGAGUGCUGUCCAAGCUGUUGUGCGAAAUCUAGGGAGGCGACUCCCUCGAAUGCCAUUUCCGCCGAUUACAAAGGACUCGAACUUUGACUAUGAGUCGGCACUCGAUGAACAUCGAUCGCUUGAGGCCAACUUGGCUACCAUGAAAGACAGCAUCGACCUUCUGAAGGCUGAGAUUGCGAAGGAAGAGGCCCUUCUUGCCGAUGAGAAAAAGGCACUCCAGGAAAUGGACAAGAACGCGAAGAGAGCGGAGGCCGAGAGAAAGCGCCAAACUAAGAAUGAACAUCCUGCGCUCCGGCAACUGAACGAGCUACCCCAGAUCCCAGACCAGACGUCCUCCGAGUUCUCUCUGUUGGAUACUAAGGGCAGCCAGGCCACACUGGACGAACUGGACGCGGAUCCUGGCAUCCAGAAGCUCAUGAACCAACUGUAUGGUCAUUUACAAUCCAUGCAAAGCAACACCGCUCCUCUCGAAGGACUCGGAGAUGCGAUCACCCGGUCACAAGCCGCCUUGGAUCUUUACUCGACGCCGAACGACUGA